AAAGCGUAAAAACAACGGACUUCUUUGUAGAAGGAAUGCACGGCAGUGAGAUAAACAAGAGCUCUCUCACUGUAGAGGAUCUCCCUCCAGUGCAUCCACACAAGCUCCCUCUCGCUUUCCCUCUCUCUCUCACUUCCCUCCGUCAGCUCGUGUAUCGUUUCAUCUCGCUCAGCCUCUCGCUCGCUCUUAACAGACUCACCGCCGCUGCGCUCUGACAGAUGGGGAGACACCGCCGAGGAGGAGCACUCAGGGGCCAGAAGAGUCUGUUUUUCUUUUCUUCUCCACAUCCGGCUUUCUUUUCCUCAUGAGCAGCUCAUCAUCACCAACAUCCCAGCCCCAGAGGAAGAUGAGGAGGCUGUGCAUGUGAGGAGAACCGGAGCGAGGGACGAGGAGCAACAGGGUGGUGGGAAGCGGACAAGAGGAGGUGCCCUGUUUCUUCAUGCUGGAGCAAGGGGUCCUGACUCCCGGUAGCAGCAGCAGCAGUCAUGUGAGAGGAGCUCUCAGCACGCAGAGGAUGAGCGGCUCGAGCUGAACACGAUCUCCCCCUGUUCCCUGCCUCCUGCACCCGUCCUCCUUUCCCACAUGACGGCCAGAAGAUGACUAUUACCAGUCGGCAGUCCUUGAAUGUCCUGACGGUCAUCUUCCUCCUUCUGUCCACUGCAGCGCUCUCGGCUCAUUACCGGGUGUGCGAGCCCUACUCCGACCACAAGGGGCGCUACCACUUCGGCUUCCACUGCCCCCGCCUGUCAGACAACAAGACCUACAUGUUCUGCUGCCACCACAACAACACCGCCUUCAAGUACUGCUGCAACGACACCGAGUUCCAGAUGGUCAUGCAGAUCAACCUCACCACCACCACGGACGGCUAUUCACACAAUAAUUACACAGCCCUGGUGGGAGUGUGGAUCUACGGCUUCUUCGUCAUGGUCCUGCUGGCUCUGGACUUCCUCUACUACUCGGCCAUCAAUUACGAGCUGUGCCGGGUCUACCUGGAGAAGUGGGGCCUCGGGGGCCGCUGGCUAAAGAAGGCCCGCAGCCAGUGGCACCGGGCCAUGGAGGACGAGAGCCAAGCGCAGGCCCAGGCUCAGCCGAUGAUGGCGGGCCACUACCAGGCCAGACACAGCCUCCGAGGCGAGAGCCACAGCCCCACGCUGCUGCCCUACAACACCUCCACCGCAUGAAGAGUAGCAACACGCCGUUUCCUUCCACGGGGGGCAGAGGAAACACGGUACUCCACUUCGCCUGCCAUCCUGGAGUCUUUGGCAGGGAACCCCGCCCCCCAGCGAGCCCCUCCCCCCCAACCCCUACUCUGAUGAGCACAAAACGCCAACGGACUGACAGCAGAGGCUUUUAACAGGACACAGACGAGCAGUGAGUGAGUGACAAUGAAGCCGAGCCCCUGAAGGCUGCCAGGACAUGGAAUGAAGUGGAGUGGAAGACACCCCCCCAACCCCCCACCACCCUCCUCCAAACCCCACCCCAAACAACUGGAUGAACUUGCGGUAAAGUUGAGCAGGCAGUGAGAUGUUCAACACUGCUGUGUGAGUUUGUGUUGCGUAGCAGUUAGACACUUCUUCUGUAUUUGCUGGUUUAUUUAUGUGCGUGCUGGUUUGGGAAGGCGAGGAUCGUACGCUUGAUGCUGAGCAUCAGCCUCACGUAGACUAGACAAGCCUUUUCUUCCCCACGCCGCCGACAGUAUCUUACGUGUUUGGAGUCUCCACACGAGUGCUUUCUCGAUAUCGUAACGUGUCUUUGACGAGGACGCGCCGUUUUUUUUGUUCUGCUGUAGCUCUAAAAGCGUCUUUGUUGUUUGUUUUCCCCCCACGUGUGAUCAGUGCUUGUGUUUGUUUUAAGGAGGUGAAUUAUUUCAGCCGGGAUCAGGGACGCCAGAGCAUCGUCUGACGCGACCCAUUUGUCACCGGUUAUCACGGUAACCGCCAUUAACAGCCGUCCUCACGAGCGGAGCUGCCGCGAAAGAGCAGUUCCUCUAGCAAUACCGCAACGCACUGAUAUCACACGAUCAAAAAGUCCUGUGACGAUAUCAUCCCCGCUUCAAUUUAGAAAUAAAAACAUUCCCCAUGUAACUUCUCAGCAAUAAUGUACAGUAGCUCAACGUGAAGGAUGACAAGGUGUCGCAUUUCCAUCCAUACUGCCUGUUCUCGUGAGAACACCCUCGUAAUUAGUACUUUGUCCACUUUAUUGACUGAUUUUUAAUGAUUUUUUAAUGAAUGAUAUGAAAAUAAUUAGUCCUAACUCUGUUUUAAAGUAAUGCAAAAUGUAUGGAGCGAAAAACGCAAGCACAAUUGUUUCAUCUGUGUUAAUGAUGAUGCACUUCAUGCUGCAUUUUAUUCCAUUCAGUUCAGAGUUACAAAAUUCCAGUAUAAUGCUAAUAUGAAUAUAUGAUUACAUGAUACAAAUAUAUACUAUUUCCAUAUUUUCAAAUGAUCAUUAUAUUCAAAUGCUGUAACUUAUUAAAGUACAUAAUAUACAUUACCAGGCAAAACCUUUCAUAUUAUUGUACGCGAAAGUGUCUUCAAACUUUUCAUUGGUAUUGUAUAGAAAUAAAUUAUACGUACUUUCAUCUUACUGUACUACAAUUUUAGUCAUUUUAAUUGAAUGGAAUUAGAGGUUUGGACACACUUCCUCACGCUAUUGGAUUAGAAAGUGUGUCCAAACCGGGAGUGUAUAUGUUAUAUAUAUCAUAUACAUAUAUAUUAUACAUUUUGUAUAUAGUAGGUAUUAUAUAUAUUUAUUAGUGGAGAUAUACUGUAUAUGAUGAGUAUGACAUUUUCAGAAGAUUCCAUUUUCAAUUCAGUUAAAAUAAGUUUCAUCAAAACAAAAAGGUAAUCAAAAGGUCGUUGACUUUUGGUACGAUUUACGAUGUAAAUUCUCACGGGAACAAGGCGCGGACGUGGUUGAAUGGAAGUCAUGGAUCCAUGUGAAGCGUUACUCACGAUGUUAUAUGCAAACCUGCCAUCGCAAUCCGUGCGACAGCGUACGUGACGUCCACUAUCACACCGCUAAAAUCGCAAGUGCUCACUUUGGCGUAUUUGCUUCAAUGAUCUGUCGUGUGUUGAUUCCUGGAGAGUUUCAGCUCUACAAACGUACAUUUUAGGCCCUGAUAUGGAAGUGGAAUUCAUAUGUUGAGACGUACAGUGGAACCCCAUUUUUGGUUUUUAAUUGGGUCCAACGAAAACCGAAACGUAUAAAAAGCGAAACAACUUUUCCGAUAGGAAAUAAUGUAAAGCCAAUUGAAUUUCUUCCAGACACCUACAAAUAUUAAAUGGGCGAAAUAUUAUUAGCAAAUUAGCUACUUUGUUACAUGCAAAAUUGCACGAAAACCGAGACAGUGUACGAAGACCUAGGCAAAAUGUUGGCAAAAAUUUUUUGUCGAAAAACGAAUCAACUAGCAAACGGGCUAGUUUGUCAUGCACAGCAUUGUACGAAAACCUAGACAGUGUACAAAAACGGAGGUAACAUUUUUGACGAAAAACGAACCAACGAGGAAAUGGCCAACUUUGUUAUGCACGACAAUGUAUGAAAACCGAGGAAAAAAUUUAGAGAAUUUUUGUGUCAAAAAAAACGAAUCAAUUAACAAUUGGGCUAGUUUGUUAUGCACAGCGUUGUACGAAAACUUGACGGUGUACAGAAACUGAGCAAAUGGGCUAGCUUGUUAAGCAUGACAUUGUGUGAAAACUGAGACAGUGUACGAAAACCCAGAGGCAAACAUUUUCUGCAUCAAAUGGGUGACUUUCACAUUGUAUGAAACCGAAAUAGCGCAUGAAAAGCUCGGCAAAAUUUUGGCGAACAUUUUUGUUGAAAAAUGAAGCAACUAGCAAAUGGGAUUCUUUGUUACGCACAACAUUGUAGAAAAACUGAGGCAAAAUUUUGAUGAAAAUUUUGUUGAAAAACAAAUCAACGACCAAAUUGGCUACUUUCUUACGCACCAAAUUGUAUGAAAACCGAGGCAACAUUUUUGCGAAUUUUUUUGUCGAAAAACAUAUCAACUAGCAAAUGGGGUAGUUUGUUUUGCAUAGCUUUGUACGUGAACUGAGACGUGUACAGAAACCGAGCAAAUGGACUAGUUUGUUACGCACGACAUUGAGACAGUGUAUGAAAACAUAGGCAAGAUUUUGGCAAAAAUUUUCAGCAAAAAAUUAUUCAGGUAUGAAAUGGGCUACUUUUUUUCACACAACAUUCUACGAAAACCGAGAUAUUGUACGAAAGCCUAAGCAAAAUUUUGGUGAAAAUGUUUGUUGAAAAAUUAAGUUACUAGCAGUUGGGCUACUUUGUGACACACAUUGUACAAAAACCAAAGAAAAAUUUUGGUGGAAAUUUUUGUUGACAAAACAACUACCAAUUUGGCUACUUGGCCACGCACGACGUGCGAAAACUGAUACAAUGUAUGAAAACCCAGGCCGGAUUUUCAGCAAAAGACAAAUCUAAUAACAAAUGGGCUGGUUGUUUACGCACAAUGUACGAAAACCGAGACGGUGUACGAAAGCUAAGGCAAAAUUGUUGUGAAAAAUUUUUGUCGAAACAACGAAAACGAAAUAACUAGCAAAUGGGCUUGUUUGUGACACACAAAAUUAUACGAAGGCCGAGAAAGUUUGAAAAUCAAGGCUACAUUUUGGCAAACAUUUAGUCAAAAAGCAAAUCAACUUGCAAAUGACUUUGUAUGGAAACUGAGGCAAAACUUUGUUUUUGGCGAAAAACGAAUGAAGUAGCAAAUUAGCUAGUUUGUUACACAUAACAGUGUACGAAAACUGAGACAGUGUAUGAAAAUCUAAGCGAAAACCUUAAUAAAAAAACACAAAAACUGGGUCAUUGGAAAACUGAGGUUUGAUUGUACGUCAAGUUUUUUCCCGAGCGUUUGUUUCUUGCAAAAAAAUUCGGCAGAUAAGUCUUGUUUCCAUCGAGCAGUUCAGUGCGGGAUGGUACGGUUCAGAUGGGUAAACCCCGAUCAGCUUGCAUUUCCACUGUGAUGACGCAACAAAGCGGUGCUGUGCAUUGACAGUAUCUUGUUCUGCUUUUAGGCAAGCGAACCAAACUGUGCUGCUUGGUGCAACCAAGGCUUUGCUUUGCUAAUAGGCUGCCCUCUACUGGCCUGGAGUGCCCUUUCUAAGUUGUUUUGCAGAAUUGAAGCCAGUGUCAAAACAAGGGAAGCGAAAGCAGUCAAUCCAAAUGAAUGAAGGUACGUGCUAAAGGCUAACAGAAGUAAUGCAGUCACAAUAACAGCGCGAACAAAGCAACCCUCCCAGCGUUCGGCGACUAAAGUAGGUCAUGCGGUGUCACCAUGGCAACCACAGAGAUGCUGUUCUCCUUAUUAUGACUCCUCAUUUAAAAACUUUUUGGUUAAAUGACGACAUGUUGCAGCGCGAAGUCACACAAAUUCCAGAUGUCCUUAUCUGCAAUAAUAUUAGCAUUUGCUGGGACGUUCGCUCCCAUCGGAGAGGCUAACGUUUAAUUGGCUGGCUGCCAUGUGCUUUCAGGGGCACGGGAACACAAUUUGUCCAGGAGAAAUAAUUGGCCCCGGAGAUCAGCGGUGCUUUUAAUUCACGCUCUCCUGCUCUUGUGCUUGUGCAGCUGCCGCCCUAUUCCCACUUAUUCCCGCUCUUUGACCAACAGGGAGGCAAGUUUUUUAUGUAAUUCAUCACACAGCAGCAUCAGCAGCAGCAGCUCAAAGGGGAUUUAAUUAGUCGUCGGUGCUGGGUAAGUUUGGGGAAUCUAGAUAUGAUGAUUCCAGAAUCAUCAUAUUAUUCUAUUCUUCUCAAAGUGUAACACAUAGAUGUUUUUUGUUUUUUUUUAAACGUUUUGUUUUGUCUGAAGCAGCCUGACGUGAUGUGACACUGUAUCAUCCUCCCUGGUGGACAAGAACACCAACUAAACAAAAGGAUGUGGAGCACACAUCUGUUCCAGUCUCUCUACAGGUUGUCAUGGUAACAGUUGCCUUACAGUUGAAUAGCCACCUGUACACACACACACACACACACACACGGAAGCUUGGUAGUAGUCUGAUACCUCACUUUUUUCAGGGUGUGGUGGUACCGGUGUAAGUCAGUGAAGUGUACGUUCUGUCCAGAGUAUUUCUUAUACUACUGUAGAUAGAAUGUUGCGUAACCGUUCUCAGUUGGAUUGUUUAUUGCACUUGUUGACUUUGUAUCGUCACAACAGGGAGAAAUAAAUAAAGUUUUAUCUUUUCCACUGU